UCCCAGCUACCUGGUAGGCUGAGGUGGGAGGAUCACCAGAGCCCAGGAGGUUGAGAUUGCAGUGAGCCGUGAUCAUGGCAGUGCACUCCCGCCUGGGUGGCAGAGUGAGACCCUGUCUCCAAAAAAAAAAAAAAAAAAAAAAAAAAAAGUACAGGUAAUGAAUUUUUACCAAGUGAACCACCACAGAUCAAGAAAUAGAACAUUACUAGACUGGGGUAUAUUUGUAGGAGUGGCAUUGUUGGUUUUAGAGGUAUAUGAAUGAUAAAACUUAGUAUUACAUAUUGUUGAACGUUUUCCCAAAGUGGUUGUACCAUUUAGCAGGGAUAUUCUGGUUACCCCACAUCCUUGCUGAUGCCUGUCAGUUAAAAAUUAUUUUGCCAUUCUAGUAGGGGUGCAGUAAUAUAUCAGUGUGAUUUCAUUUUGCAUUUUCCUGGUAUUGAGAUUGAGUAUCUUUUAUUGUCAUUUGUGUGUCCUCUUUUGUGAAGUGCCUGUUAAAUCUUUUUAUCCAGUUUUCAUUGAUAUGCUUGUUUUUCUGUUGAUUUGUAAUACUUUUUUCUGGAUAUGUGUCCUUUCUACGAUAUAUACGUAUUGCAUUUCUCUUUUUUCAAUCUGUAGCUUGCCUUUUCACUCUUUUAAUGGUGCUUAUUCAUGAAUGGAGAUUCUCUAACUUUUUUUUUUCUUUUUGAGACAAGAUCUCACUCUGUUGCCCAGGCUGGAGUGCAGUGGCACAAUCACAGCUGACCGCAACCUUGACCUCCCAAGGCUCAGACAGGGCCUCACUCUGUUGCCCAGGCUAGAGUGCCGUGGCAGGAUCUCAGCUCACUGCAACCUCCACCUCCUGGCUCAAGCGAUCCUCCCACCUCAGCCUCCUGAGUAGCUGCGACUAUAGGAGUGUGCCACCAUGCCUGGCUUAAUUUUCAUAUUUUUUGUAGAGAUGGGGAUUCAACAUGUUUCCCAGGCAAUCUGAAAGCAAAUCCUGUUUAGAUGCAGGCGAAGGUUCCUGGUGACCCAGGCUCUCACCUUACCGUCCCUUACCAUCCUCCUGAGGGUGUCUGGAGCUUCAGUGCUGUGUGUUCUUGGCCUCCACGCUGGGGGUGCCACCAACUCCCACUGUCCAGGGCUUCCAGUGGACUCUCCGAGGUACUGAUGUAGAAACUUCCCCAUUUGGUGCACCAAGAGCAACCUCACACGAUGUGGGCCGAAUGAAGAGCUGCCAGAUCCCACAGGUGGCAAGGGCUCUGGAACAGCUACAUAAAGUCCCUGGCCCCACCUCUUCUGCCACAAACGUCAGCAUGGUGGUAUCAGCCGGCCCUUUGUCCAGCGAGAAGGCAGAGAUGAACAUUCUAGAAAUCAAGGAGAAAUUGCGCCCCCAGCUGGCAGAGAAGAAACAGCAGUUCAGAAGCCUCCAAGAGAAAUGUUUUGUAACUCAACUGGCCAGCUUCCUGGCCAACGGACAGAAGAAAUACAAAUAUGAAGAGUGCGAAGACCUCAUAAAAUCUAUGCUGAGGAAUGAGCGACGACAGUUCAAGGAGGAGAAGCUUGCGGAGCAGCUCAAGCAAGCUGAGGAGCUCAGGCAAUAUAAAGUCCUGGUUCACUCUCAGGAACGAGAGCUGACCCAGUUAAAGGAGAAGUUACGGGAAGGGAGAGAUGCCUCCCGCUCAUUGAAUGAGCAUCUCCAGGCCCUCCUCACUCCGGAUGAGCCGGACAAGUCCCAGGGGCAGGACCUCCAAGAACAGCUGGCUGAGGGGUGUAGACUGGCACAGCAACUUGUCCAAAAGCUCAGCCCAGAAAAUGACGAAGAUGUUCAAGUUGAGGAGGCUGAGAAAGUGCAGAAAUCAUCUCCCCGCAGGGAGGUGCAGAAGGCUGAAGAGAGCAAAGUCCCUGAGGACUCACUGGAGGAAUGUGCCAUCACUUGUUCAAAUAGCCACGGCCCUUGUGACUCCAACCAGCCUCACAAGAACAUCAAAAUCACAUUUGAGGAAGACGAAGUCAACUCAACUCUGGUUGUAGACAGAGAAUCCUCUCAUGAUGAAUGUCAGGAUGCUCUAAACAUUCUCCCAGUCCCUGGCCCCACCUCUUCUGCCACAAACGUCAGCAUGGUGGUAUCAGCCGGCCCUUUGUCCAGCGAGAAGGCAGAGAUGAACAUUCUAGAAAUCAAGGAGAAAUUGCGCCCCCAGCUGGCAGAGAAGAAACAGCAGUUCAGAAGCCUCCAAGAGAAAUGUUUUGUAACUCAACUGGCCGGCUUCCUGGCCAACGGACAGAAGAAAUACAAAUAUGAAGAGUGCGAAGACCUCAUAAAAUCUAUGCUGAGGAAUGAGCGACGACAGUUCAAGGAGGAGAAGCUUGCGGAGCAGCUCAAGCAAGCUGAGGAGCUCAGGCAAUAUAAAGUCCUGGUUCACUCUCAGGAACGAGAGCUGACCCAGUUAAAGGAGAAGUUACGGGAAGGGAGAGAUGCCUCCCGCUCAUUGAAUGAGCAUCUCCAGGCCCUCCUCACUCCGGAUGAGCCGGACAAGUCCCAGGGGCAGGACCUCCAAGAACAGCUGGCUGAGGGGUGUAGACUGGCACAGCAACUUGUCCAAAAGCUCAGCCCAGAAAAUGCCAACGAUGACGAUGAAGAUGUUCAAGUUGAGGUGGCUGAGAAAGUGCAGAAAUCGUCUGCCCCCAGGGAGAUGCAGAAGGCUGAAGAAAAGGAAGUCCCUGAGGACUCACUGGAGGAAUGUGCCAUCACUUGUUCAAAUAGCCAUGGCCCUUAUGACUCCAACCAGCCACAUAGGAAAACCAAAAUCACAUUUGAGGAAGACAAAGUCGACUCAACUCUCGUUGGCUCAUCCUCUCAUGUUGAAUGGGAGGAUGCUGUACACAUUAUUCCAGAAAAUGAAAGUGAUGAUGAGGAAGAGGAAGAAAAAGGGCCAGUGUCUUCCAGGAAUCUGCAGGAGUCUGAAGAGGAGGAAGUCCCCCAGGAGUCCUGGGAUGAAGGUUAUUCAACUCUCUCAAUUCCUCCUGAAAUGUUGGCCUCGUACCAGUCUUACAGCAGCACAUUUCACUCAUUAGAGGAACAGCAAGUCUGCAUGGCUGUUGACAUAGGCAGACAUCAGUGGGAUCAAGUGAAAAAGGAGGACCAAGAGGCAACAGGUCCCAGGCUCAGCAGGGAGCUGCUGGAUGAGAAAGGGCCUGAAGUCUUGCAGGACUCACUGGAUAGAUGUUAUUCAACUCCUUCAGGUUGUCUUGAACUGACUGACUCAUGCCAGCCCUACAGAAGUGCCUUUUACGUAUUGGAGCAACAGCGUGUUGGCUUGGCUGUUGACAUGGAUGAAAUUGAAAAGUACCAAGAAGUGGAAGAAGACCAAGACCCAUCAUGCCCCAGGCUCAGCAGGGAGCUGCUGGAUGAGAAAGAGCCUGAAGUCUUGCAGGACUCACUGGAUAGAUGUUAUUCGACUCCUUCAGGUUAUCUUGAACUGCCUGACUUAGGCCAGCCCUACAGCAGUGCUGUUUACUCAUUGGAGGAACAGUACCUUGGCUUGGCUCUUGACGUGGACAGAAUUAAAAAGGACCAAGAAGAGGAAGAAGACCAAGGCCCACCAUGCCCCAGGCUCAGCACGGAGCUGCUGGAGGUAGUAGAGCCUGAAAUCUUGCAGGACUCACUGGAUAGAUGUUAUUCAACUCCUUCCAGUUGUCUUGAACAGCCUGACUCCUGCCAGCCCUAUGGAAGUUCCUUUUAUGCAUUGGAGGAAAAAUAUGUUGGCUUUUCUCUUGACGUGGGAGAAAUUGAAAAGAAGGGGAAGGGGAAGAAAAGAAGGGGAAGAAGAUCAAAGAAGAAAAGAAGAAGGGGAAGAAAAGAAGGGGAAGAAGAUCAAAACCCACCAUGCCCCAGGCUCAGCAGGGAGCUGCUGGAUGAGAAAGGGCCUGAAGUCUUGCAGGACUCACUGGAUAGAUGUUAUUCAACUCCUUCAGGUUGUCUUGAACUGACUGACUCAUGCCAGCCCUACAGAAGUGCCUUUUACGUAUUGGAGCAACAGCGUGUUGGCUUGGCUGUUGACAUGGAUGAAAUUGAAAAGUACCAAGAAGUGGAAGAAGACCAAGACCCAUCAUGCCCCAGGCUCAGCAGGGAGCUGCUGGAUGAGAAAGAGCCUGAAGUCUUGCAGGACUCACUGGAUAGAUGUUAUUCGACUCCUUCAGGUUAUCUUGAACUGCCUGACUUAGGCCAGCCCUACAGCAGUGCUGUUUACUCAUUGGAGGAACAGUACCUUGGCUUGGCUCUUGACGUGGACAGAAUUAAAAAGGACCAAGAAGAGGAAGAAGACCAAGGCCCACCAUGCCCCAGGCUCAGCAGGGAGCUGCUGGAGGUAGUAGAGCCUGAAGUCUUGCAGGACUCACUGGAUAGAUGUUAUUCAACUCCUUCCAGUUGUCUUGAACAGCCUGACUCCUGCCAGCCCUAUGGAAGUUCCUUUUAUGCAUUGGAGGAAAAACAUGUUGGCUUUUCUCUUGACGUGGGAGAAAUUGAAAAGAAGGGGAAGGGGAAGAAAAGAAGGGGAAGAAGAUCAAAGAAGAAAAGAAGAAGGGGAAGUAAAGAAGGGGAAGAAGGUCAAAACCCACCAUGCCCCAGGCUCAGCAGGGAGCUGCUGGAUGAGAAAGGGCCUGAAGUCUUGCAGGACUCACUGGAUAGAUGUUAUUCAACUCCUUCAGGUUGUCUUGAACUGACUGACUCAUGCCAGCCCUACAGAAGUGCCUUUUACGUAUUGGAGCAACAGCGUGUUGGCUUGGCUGUUGACAUGGAUGAAAUUGAAAAGUACCAAGAAGUGGAAGAAGACCAAGACCCAUCAUGCCCCAGGCUCAGCAGGGAGCUGCUAGAUGAGAAAGAGCCUGAAGUCUUGCAGGACUCACUGGAUAGAUGUUAUUCGACUCCUUCAGGUUAUCUUGAACUGCCUGACUUAGGCCAGCCCUACAGCAGUGCUGUUUACUCAUUGGAGGAACAGUACCUUGGCUUGGCUCUUGACGUGGACAGAAUUAAAAAGGACCAAGAAGAGGAAGAAGACCAAGGCCCACCAUGCCCCAGGCUCAGCAGGGAGCUGCUGGAGGUAGUAGAGCCUGAAGUCUUGCAGGACUCACUGGAUAGAUGUUAUUCAACUCCUUCCAGUUGUCUUGAACAGCCUGACUCCUGCCAGCCCUAUGGAAGUUCCUUUUAUGCAUUGGAGGAAAAACAUGUUGGCUUUUCUCUUGACAUGGGAGAAAUUGAAAAGAAGGGGAAGGGGAAGAAAAGAAGGGGAAGAAGAUCAAAGAAGAAAAGAAGAAGGGGAAGAAAAGAAGGGGAAGAAGGUCAAAACCCACCAUGCCCCAGGCUCAACAGCAUGCUGAUGGAAGUGGAAGAGCCUGAAGUCUUACAGGACUCACUGGAUAGAUGUUAUUCGACUCCGUCAGUGUACUUUGAACUACCUGACUCAUUCCAGCACUACAGCAGUGUGUUUUACUCAUUUGAGGAACAGCACAUCAGCUUCGCCCUUUACGUGGACAAUAGGUUUUUUACUUUGACGGUGACAAGUCUCCACCUGGUGUUCCAGAUGGAAGUCAUAUUCCCACAAUAAGCAGCCCUUACUAAGCCGAGAGAUGUCAUUCCUGCAGGCAGGACCUAUAGGCACGUGAAGAUUUGAAUGAAAGUACAGUUCCAUUUGGAAGCCCAGACAUAGGAUGGGUCAGUGGGCAUGGCUCUAUUCCUAUUCUCAAACCAUGCCAUUGGCAACCUGUGCUCAGUCUGAAGACAAUGGACCCACGUUAGGUGUGACACUUUCACAUAACUGUGCAGCACAUGCCGGGAGUGAUCAGUCAGACAUUUUAAUUUGAACCACGUAUCUCUGGGUAGCUACAAAAUUCCUCAGGGAUUUCAUUUUGCAGGCAUGUCUCUGAGCUUCUAUACCUGCUCAAGGUCAGUGUCAUCUUUGUGUUUAGCUCAUCCAAAGGUGUUACCCUGGUUUCAAUGAACCUAACCUCAUUCUUUGUGUCUUCAGUGUUGGCUUGUUUUAGCUGAUCCAUCUGUAACACAGGAGGGAUCCUUGGCUGAGGAUUGUAUUUCAGAACCACCAAGUGCUCUUGACAAUUGUUAACCCGCUAGGCUCCUUUGGUUAGAGAAGCCACAGUCCUUCAGCCUCCAAUUGGUGUCAGUACUUAGGAAGACCACAGCUAGAUGGACAAACAGCAUUGGGAGGCCUUAGCCCUGCUCCUCUCCAUUCCAUCCUGUAGAGAACAGGAGUCAGGAGCCGCUGGCAGGAGACAGCAUGUCACCCAGGACUCUGCCGGUGCAGAAUAUGAACAAUGCCAUGUUCUUGCAGAAAACGCUUAGCCUGAGUUUCAUAGGAGGUAAUCACCAGACAACUGCAGAAUGUAGAACACUGAGCAGGACAACUGACCUGUCUCCUUCACAUAGUCCAUAUCACCACAAAUCACACAACAAAAAGGAGAAGAGAUAUUUUGGGUUCAAAAAAAGUAAAAAGAUAAUGUAGCUGCAUUUCUUUAGUUAUUUUGAACCCCAAAUAUUUCCUCAUCUUUUUGUUGUUGUCAUGGAUGGUGGUGACAUGGACUUGUUUAUAGAGGACAGGUCAGCUGUCUGGCUCAAUGAUCUACAUUCUGAAGUUGUCUGAAAAUGUCUUCAUGAUUAAAUUCAGCCUAAACGUUUUGCCGGGAACACUGCAGAGACAAUGCUGUGAGUUUCCAACCUCAGCCCAUCUGUGGGCAGAGAAGGUCUAGUUUGUCCAUCACCAUUAUGAUAUCAGGACUGGUUACUUGGUUAAGGAGGGGUCUAGGAGAUCUGUCCCUUUUAGAGACACCUUACUUACAAUGAAGUACUUGGGAAAGCGGUUUUCAAGAGUAUAAAUAUCCUGUAUUCUAAUGAUCAUCCUCUAAACAGUUUAUCAUUUAUUAAUCCUCCCUGCCUGUGUCUAUUAUUAUAUUCAUAUCUCUACACUGCAAAUUUUGGGUCUCAAUUUUUACUGUGCCUUUGUUUUUACUAGUGUCUGCUGUUGCAAAAGGAAGAAAACAUUCUCUGCCUGAGUUUUAAUUUUUGUCCAAAGUUAAUUUUAAUCUAUACAAUUAAAACCUUUUGCCUAUCA